UCCAACGUACGACGUCCGAUAUUUAAUAGGAGAACAGCUUUCUAAUAGAGAAUUCAAUUCUCCCUUAAAAAGCUAUUCUUUUCUUUUAUAUACUGUAGAGUAUCGAAUAAAAUUUCCUUAAAAAGGACGUUUUAAGUGGAAAGCACACACUGUUAUAUAAAGGCAUAACGUAUAAGAAAAUUGACCAAUCAGAGUCUUUCCUUUUCAUCAUGGUAAUAGAAAUGAGGACUCUGAUUGGUUUGUUUCCUUAUGUGUUGUACAUUAUGGCCCAUAUUCUGAAUCCUCUUUUAUAAUAAAAAUAGAUCAAAGUAGAUAAAAGUAGAUAAAAGUGCCUUAAAUAUAGCUUUUCAGCCAAUCAGGUGGCUCCUAAGCCUCCUUUAAAAGCACUUUUAUAGAUAAAAGAGGAUUCAGAAUAUAGGCCUAUGUCUUUAUGCAAAAGUAUGUACUCUCCGUUUUACCUGGCAAGAAUACUUUUUUUACCCGUUACAUCGAUUUAAUAGCAAUUCAUUCGCGCUCUGGACUAUUAAAUCCAAGUUUAUGGGUCAAACACGUACAUAUAAGCUUUGUGAUUGGCCAGUAAAACCUUGAGGCGUCUUUAAUCGACUUUGGGUCGAUUAAUCCAAGUCCAAUCGAACAUGCUAUAAAGAAUGCGUUCGGGGAGCACGCUACCAACGCUACCGCGUUCUUCUAUUUUUAUCGCUCCUUAGAUGUAGCGCUGAAUAGCGCUAAUAGCGAGCUUCUCGAACGUAUCAAAAAUUGUCAUCGAAAAGCCACAAGACGCGAACUUCAAAUGUCUUCGAAAUCUGACAACUCUCUGAUAAGACUUGGAUGCCCGCGAUAAUGAUAAGUGCCAAUUAUCCUUCGAAAAGUCAUAGAUCCGAUUAUAGACGAGAUGAACGACAGGAAAUGCUCGUUGCUCCGCCGUUGGAUUUAUCGUAUAGAAAAGCCGCUACCAUGAACGACCUCAUGGAGAAACAUUACGCGCAGACGAUACGCACCGGGAAAGCACCGACGAGAACCAUGAAAGAUCGUUACGUGACCAGUACAUUGUGGCUGAGCAACAAUCUGCUGAACUCGAUGGAAGGCCUGCAGCGUCUCGCGAACAGAGUUCUGGAUGAUCCAGUGCAGCUUAGCUGGCUGGAUUUGUCUUUCAACGAGAUUAGUGAGAUCGACGAGGAUAUCGAGCAGUUCCCGAAUUUGAAGAUCCUUUACUUGCAUGGAAAUAAAAUCUCAAACAUUGCAGACGUUCUAAAGCUGAAGAAGCUGUCGAGUCUUAGAUCCUUGACGUUACACGGUAACCCGGUCGAGGAUAUCUCUUGUUACAGGAGUUACGUCGUGCAUCUCCUGCCGAAGCUGUUAGUCUUUGACUUCUCGCCGGUGAUCGCCGCGGAGAAGAAAAAGGCGUUACCCGUCGGAUUUGCAAAAAUGAUACAGCCUGAAAUACGAAUAUAAAACUUUAUUCUUA